UUUUUUAGCGAUCUCAGCCGGUGCUUAUGCAUUGGACAGUUUACGUGGAUCAAUGUCAAGUAUCUUUUAAGUACUUUUUAUGUUAUCAUUAUUUCAGGAAUCACUGUUAGCGUAAACAAAUCAGAAGAAUACAAACUUCGCUUGGACAUUUUAAAGUAUAAGGACCCCAUGGUCCGUCCUGUCGAAAACUACUCUGAAGCCGUCAAUGUUUCUUUCUAUAUGGACGUUUUAAACUUGACAGACCUGGAUAAUAAACGCCAGAUGCUUGCAACAAAUGUCUGGAUUUUACAGAGGUGGCAGAAUCCGUUCCUCGAAUGGAAGAGAGAAGAAUAUGGAGGUAUUGAUCAGAUCCUCGUGAGCCCAACGGAAAUAUGGGUGCCAGACAUUGUCCUUUACAACAAUGGUGAUAAACAGGUUCGGAAAGCUGGUCACACUGAACUGUUCAAGAACUGGGUCGCAGUUAAUAGCACUGGAGGGUGUAGUUGGGGAUCCAUGGCAAACCUUGAGAGUAGUUGCAGCGUGGAGGUCAGCUCGUUUCCUUUCGAUGAGCAGGAGUGUUCUCUUACUUUUGCUUCGGCGAGUUAUGGAAGUAAUAUGCUGGAAAUUCAUUCCAUACGCCCUUUAGGAAAACAAGAUAAGAGCGAACAUCUCGAUGAGGAUGGGGAAUGGGAGUUUAAACGCAUGUACGUGCAUAUUUCGAGGAAGAUAUCUCAACGACAUGAAGAUGCAAGGCUGGAAUACCCUCUUAUCACAUACACACUAAAGAUCAAACGGAGGCCCCUUUAUUAUAUCAUGCUGAUGAUUAUACCUUGCGUCCUUUGUACCCUGUUGGUUCUGGCCAGUUUCGCUAUUCCUCCAGAAAAUGGUGAACGGAUUGGUUUUUGUUCCACCGUCAUGCUUUCAAUCAGUGUUUAUCUCCUUAUCAUGGCUGAUAUGCUCCCAGAAAAGUCGGAUACGUUGCCAGUUCUUGGUGUCUACUACACCAUCACUAUGUUUGAGAUAGCCCUGGCAUUGAUUGGUACGAUUAUUGUUUUGAGGAUCUACCAUUCAGCAAGUGAACCACCCAACUGUUUUAAAACUCUGCAUAAGAAGCGCAAAGCCAAGAAAUUAAAGAAAAUAAGAGUUGGAGGAAAGUGGACGAUGACAAAACUCCUCAGAGGCAAUGCCGUAACAAACAAUAGCAAUCCAGUUGGAGGUGAUGCAGAACCGAAUAUUACUCAGGUCCCAGUUGAUACGGAGCCACAGCAGACAGAGGUAAAGGGCGACGGAAAUGGCAUUGAGCUCACAGAAGAUGACAAUAAAAAAAUCUGGCGUUCAAUUGCUGUUACUUGUGAUCGCAUUUUUUUCUGGCUCUUUUCGAUCAUUUUCAUCGGGUCCACUGCAUAUGUGAUAGCGAAUCAUCGUAACUUUGCGGUUUUGUUUGAUCAGAACAUCUAAUCUUUUUUUUUUCUUUUUUUUUUUACGUGGACGGGACUUCUUCCAACUUUGGUGCUUUAUUUAUAUGGCUACAUAAGCGACCUUAUGUUUUUUAGUAAUUUUGCUGGAGUAUACAUACACUUGGAUACCUAGCGACAACAGGGAUUAUAAUGAACUUAUUACCAAUCCAUUCUGGGCAUUCUGCGCCUUUUUGACGACAACUGGAAUGAAAUAAGGAUUGCUGAGUUCUCAGAUUCUCUAUGUUGAAGCGUAAUUAGUUACAGCAGUAGCCUCGGGCUGUAGUCGCAUUGUAGCUGCUGAUCAAUAUUUACCAUGUAUACUUAAGCUUCAAAAUUUAAAGUUUUCUAAAAGCAUUAGCACUAGUUACUUUUAUAGAAACAAAUAAGGGUGAAAACUGCUCCAAAUAGUUCAUAUCAGUUACCAUGUGUCGCUGGCAAUGUAUGUAAGCAAAACCUGAGAUAUCGUUAACAUGUCUAUUGAUGUGAGAGCGGAUGCAGACUGUUGAAGUUAUAGGAGUAAUCCCUGGGCAAUAAUUUAAAACACGAUCACAGAAGUAUUAAACGGAAAUGUCUACUUGCGUUAAAAAAAUAAGAAAAAUAAGAAAAAAAAUCAUUUCAGAUGUCUUGGAUUUAUUUAAAGGAGGAAUAUGAUCCCAAAAUCUGAAUUACUAUCUGUGUUGUGUUAGCUUUAUGCUCCGUUUUGUCGCUCAAAAAUUUUAGUUCUCGGAAAGUUAUUUAUUAAAUUGGCUGUUCCACAAACUCGAGCCAACUAUUUGAAGAGAAUUUUUUCCCACAGAGGUGCCAUGUUGCCGGUUGAUCCGAUCAACAGUUCCCUUAAGCGAAUUUGAAAAUGAACUACGUCCUUAUUGCUUUUGAAUGAGACAAGGCAUCCUAAAAAGGCAGUUCAAAUGAUAUGAUUGGUUUUUAUUCCUAUGAUACUGUAUUAAUUAUUGGUUAGUUCAGCUAGGCACAAUGAGAUACUUUAUACUAUUACACUGUGUUGAUUUUUCCGUGUAUAAAUCAAGUCAUCUAUCUAUUAA